GCACGGAAGUUUUAUAACAGCAGAGUUAUGUACACAGCAGUCUCACCAUGAGCUAAUGUUAUUUUCCAUCUAAAACUUAAAGUUUAAGCUUCACAACAGCCAACAAAAUGGUAAACCUCGGUCUCACCAAAGUGGACGACGCCCUGGCAGCAAAACACCCGGGUUUACAGAGUUACGCUGCCUGUCAGUCUCAUGCCUUCAUGAAGGGGACUGGGACCUUUAUACUUGGUGCUGGUGGUUUAUUUGGCAUUCAGAAACUUCUCCAGAAGAGGCUGCCUUAUCCUCUUCAAUGGAACCUGCUCAUUUCAGUAGUGGCAUCCUCAGUGGGAAGCUAUGCAGUGACUCGCUGGGAAACGCAGAAAUGCUCAGAUCUCUGGUUGCUGCUGGAAACAGGCAAAGUUCCAGACAGAUCGCCACCGCAGGUGUCUCAACCAGAGGUACCAAAGGGACCUGAGAAGACAAAAUAUGGCGAUGUGAUGGAGUGAAGUUUUAAAUGAAUUGUGUAUCUACUGUAUAUAACUACAAAUUUUCAGAAAAUGAACCCUGGUGGAGAUAUUCAGAAAAGCCGGGAUGGUGCUGGUCGUGAGAUAGUUCACACUCUAUUUAAUUGCAUCCCAGUUUUUUUUCCACCUCCAUUUUUGCACCACAUAAAUGAAGUGCCAUUUUUUUCCAGUUUCAGAGUUUGUGGAGCUUUUGAAUUUCAUAACAGCAUUACUGUGUGGAUAAACAGAUGAGUUUCCCAAAUCAGAGGUCAGGAAUUAGUCAGGGUUUUUAGGAGGAAUCCCAUGUUAAGCUUGUGAUCCGGUAUUAUUUUUUGGAUGUGUUUGUUUGACAUGCAACAGAAUUAAUGCGGCACUACCAAAACCAGCCACUAGUUGUCACUGUAUACCUCAUGGGAUCAGCAAAGCUGUAUGUUGUACUCACUGGUGCAGACCAGUCUCUGUUUUCAAGCUAUCUAACUAGCUAUGACAGUUUUAAUCAUAUGCUUUGGACUACAAUAACUGAUAUGAUUUAUUUAUCUUUUUAAAGACAUCAGCAUUCAUAGCUGUUUAAUAAAAUGCUCUGGGCAGCAGUGUAAUCCACAUGAAAUCAUUUACUGUUGUUGCUUUGAGCCACUGCAUGUUCAUUCAUCAGUAUUCAAUUCAGCAAUGCUGUAAUGAACCCUGCAAUGUCUCAGGAUGACUAAAUAUUAAUCCUGUUUGGAUUUAUGUCAAUUUUGCAUCUGUGCAUAAAUAAAUUCUUUGAGGUUAGGUGCUAAUUUAGAGUGCACAUGAGCAGUGGGUUAUGAAAAAAUGGGACAAGACAUGUAGAUGCCAUUGCAAAUAGUCACUGGAUUUAGUCAGAAGUAAACGUGUUCUCCUGUGAGAAUCUAUCUCCAUCCUGCUGAAAGCUGCCUUCUGAUUAUUUUACUCAUGAAUUUGCUUUAUGAAGACGUAAAAAGAUUCACAUACCCAGCCUUUAUCAUGUUUAUUUUUUUGUUAUUCAGAAGUAAAAAGUAAUAUAUAUAUAUAUAUAUAUAUAUAUAUAUAAAAAGAAUACAGAACAUAUUGCCAACAUAUUUUAUAUUACUUAUGCUGUAUAUUUAGACAUCUGGUUCUGAUUUCUUUUGAGUUUGAAUUGACUUACUGCAAGUUGCUUUGAACAAAAGUGUCAGUUGAAUGAAUUAUCAUGUCAUUUGUUAGUAAUGCUGACAUAUAGAGUUUAAAGACACCACACUAAUUCAUCCUCCCCUCAUCCACAUACACACAAACACCCAUAUGUUCAUGCUUUUAACAGAGCUAGAGGGGAAAAUAGGACACUACACCAUGAAAACAGAAGUACAGCUGGACCAGGUGAUUUGUCUUGUAUUGGCAUGUCAUGAUGCUUUAUUGGAAUUGCAUAGAAGGGUGCUGAAAAUAAGUAUUGUCAAGACCAAGACCAGACCAGUGCAAGUCCCACUUUGCAUGACACCAUAAAAUGUGUUACGUGCAAACAAUUGGUGCUCCUCAAAUUAAUCUGAACGAUCCACAUUUUCAUAAAAACACCUACAGAAAACAAUGAAGAUUCCUUUUCAUCAUACUGUUUAUGUAUGUAUGAGUGUACCAUGAGAAGUGUCUUGAUAAAAUAUCCAAAAGGCAUUGCAGAGGUGAUUUUAUGUAUGGGAAAUUGCCUUUGUGAGCAAACAAAUACAGACACUAAGGAGCUGAAAUCAGUGUAACCAUCAUUUUUCACCACUGCUUUUUUUCUUUAAAUUAUUGCCUUAUCAACAGUGAACAGGCAAUUAACACUGCAAAACAAAAUUGCCUGGAGAGUAGGUUUUACCCAACAUAAAUGCACACGUGGAUGAAGAUUCAUCAUACAGCAUGAGAAGACACACAGCUACCCAUGCAUACACCCUCCAUGGACAUAAUUAUACACAUCCAUCCAUACACACACGUAAACAUUACUCACAUACAUACAUAUUACACAUAUACGUACCUGUAUACACAAAUAUAUGCAUGUGAAUCUACAAAGAAUUAACCUCAAAAUGA